GCCCCGGAAGGCGCAGCUUGGGCUUCCGACGCCGCGUAGCGCUUCUCUCGCGCUGGCUGUGUGGCGAUAGGAUGGCGGGCCCCGAGCUGCGGGCAGAGCUAGAGCGAAGGCUGGGCGCUCUCGCCAUCUGCACGGAGGUGGUCGAGCACCCCGAGGUAUUCACAGUUGAAGAAAUGAUGCCUCAUAUCCAACACCUAAAAGGAGCACAUAGUAAGAACUUAUUUCUUAAAGACAAAAAGAAAAAAACCUAUUGGCUGGUAACAGUUCUUCAUGAUAGACAAGUUAAUUUAAAUGAUCUUGGCAAGCAGUUAGGUGUUGGAAGUGGAAAUCUGCGGUUUGCUGAUGAAACAGCCAUGCUAGAAAAACUAAAAGUUGGUCAAGGCUGCGCCACACCUCUGGCACUCUUCUGUGAUGAUGGAGAUAUUAAAUUUGUUUUGGAUUCUGCUUUUCUGGAAGGUGGACAUGAAAAGGUAUACUUUCACCCAAUGACUAAUGCUGCAACCAUGGGAUUGAGCCCUGAAGACUUUCUUGUAUUUGUGAAGACAACAGGACAUGAUCCCAUAAUACUAAAUUUUGACAAAAACUAAUUUGGCUAAUAAUAAUGUUCAUAAUAAACAUUUCUGAGAGCUAUUA